AUGAGCAGCACGCCAGUGUUUGCCGAGUCCCCAGGCACGUCGCCGAUGGACGACGGCGUCCUGCUCGAGCUUCAAACGUCCCCCGACGACGCGGAGAUAAAGACGACGACGACGACGACGCACACGUACCGCCCCGACGUGGACGGUCUCCGAACGCUGGCGGUCGUUCCCGUUCUCGUCUUCCACGCAUACCCCGAGUCGCUUCCCGGUGGCUUUAUCGGUGUCGACAUCUUCUUUGUGAUUUCCGGCUUCCUCAUCUCGGGCAUUCUCUUCCGUGAGUGUCAACUCGGCAAGUUUACCUACGCAGGGUUCUACGCGCGGCGCAUUCGGCGCAUUUUCCCCACGCUCCUUCUCGUCUUGGUCGUGACGUUCUGGCUCGGGUUCCUCUACCUCAUGGCGCCCAAGCUCAAGGCGAUGGCGGCCACGAUGCUCGCCGCGACGCUCUUCGGCGCCAACCUCCAAGUACUCACGCUCAAGCACUCAUACUUUAGCCUCGACCAGUUUUACAUCUUCUGGCCGCUCCUCGCGUCGCUCCUCAUGCGCCUUCGCUUCCGCUUUGCCGUGGCGCUCCAAGUCCUCUUUCUAAUCGCGAGUUUUGUCGUCAACAUCGCCUUCCUCGGGUACCACGGCGACAACAAGAUGUCGUUCUACAUGCCGCUGAGUCGGUUCUGGCAAAUGUCGGCGGGCGGCCUCCUCGCCUUUCUCGAUCUGCACGGCCUCGUGCUUUCGGGCGUCUGGCCCUCGAACCUCGCGGCCCUUCUCGGUGUCGGCCUUCUCGUCCCUGGCUUUGUCUGCAUCAACGAAGCGAGCGCGUUUCCGGGCUACCUCGCCCUCCUCCCGACGCUGGGAGCAACGCUUCUGCUCGCCGCGGGUGCCGACGCCGUCAUCAACAAGUACGUUUUAAGCAACGUCGUCGCAGUCUACAUUGGCAAGAUCAGCUACUGCCUCUACCUCUGGCACUGGCCGCUGCUUGCCUUUGCCAUCGAGCGCUUUCCGGAGCCGGCGAGUCGCCCCUUCUACAUGCAGCCGUAUGCCAUGCUGCUCCUCAGUCUGCUGCUGAGCGUCAUGACGUACGAAGACCUCGAGGGACGGCUCCGGCGGCGCAAGUCCAAGUGGGUGACGCCUCUUCUUCUCCUGUGCAUGGUUGCCGUCGCCAUCCUCGCGGGCUGCGCGUACCGCAACCCGUCGGCGUUUUCCGAAAUUGAACGCGACCUCGCCAACGCCGCGGCAUCGGGCGCAGACGACGUGUCCAAAGUCAACAUGGCGAUGGCCGACCUGGACUGGAACGUCGGAACAACGAUGUGCGCACCCGACUCGGUCUACAUCACGGCCGCGACCAACCCGACGCCCUUUCCGUUCACGGACCCGGUCCGCACCGACCAACCGGAGCGGUGCGAGAUGAUCAACCCGGGGCACGAAGCCGACGGCACGCUACUCGUACUCGGAGACUCGCACGCAGACAUGAUCGUGCCCCGCUUCAUGAAGCUCUACGCCGACGCGGUGGCCGCCAAGACGCCGUUUCCGACGAUUGUCUUGAAAGACCGGUGGGGCCGCGCGAUGCUGCCGUGCCGACCCGAGUUUGCAGCCAACCUCGAGAUGCUCAAGCACGUCCAGCCGCAAGCAGUCCUCGUCGUCGUCCACUGGGUGCAGUUCCUCAACCCGGGCGGGCCGCUCGAUCGACCGUACGCGGACCCGCCGCAAUGCUGCUUGGAAGAGUUCAGCGCGUGCGCCGAGCAAACCAUGCACGACGUGCAGCACAUCUUGGACGCGUUCGGCGCCGAGCUAUCCAAAGUGUCGGCGCUCGGGAUUCCAGUGUUUGUCGUCGACCAGAGCCCCGAGUACGCGCGGAUGGUCCCCAACACGUGGCUUCAUGGCAGCAGCGUCAAGGCGCCCGCGCCCGUGAGCCGCGCGGCCUUCCAGAAGGAGAUGGCGUGGCUCCUCGACCCGCUCCAUGCGGCGGUGGCGGUCGCCAACGCAACGCUGCUUGACUUUGCAGAAAACUACGCGAAUGGCGAUCUUCUGAGGCUCGUGGACGCGGACGGGCACCCGACGAUGACCGCGGGCAACCACUUGAGCACGUACACCUCGCGAAAAUACCUCUCGAUCGUCGAUCAAGUUGUCGCGGCGGCGCGAUCCUCGCCUUGA